GUCUCGAGCGGCGCACGGCUGCUCAUGUCUGGGACGCUUUCUCACGCACUGAUGUGUAUUCGCCUUGACUCUGUCUCGUAUGACUGUAGGAAGAGAUGCUUCGCCCGUAGACAAGGAACCGGAGUAUCAAUAUGCGUAAAAGUGGAAUAAACAAAUCCGACUCGCAUCCAGCUGCUGCCGCCGCCGCUAGCUCGCUAGGCAGCUAGCUGCCGUAGCUCUCAGCCCGCGGGGACCGAGCUAACCGUGGCUAAGCCAGUCGCCAGUCUGGCUAGCUACUGUUAACCUCCAGGACGUGGAAGACCCAGUUACCUGUACUAGUUACUUAUUGUUUUGUAACGUGAAGGUACAAAAUGGAGCUGUUUCAAGCCAAAGACGACUACAUUCUCCAGAGCGGGGACCGUGCGCUGUGGUGCAGCCGAAAGGACGGGACCAUGACGGUCAGACCUGCAACAGACCUGUUGUUAGCUUGGAACCCAGUGUGUUUGGGUUUGGUGGAAGGCGUCAUCGGAAAGAUACAGCUUCACACUGAUCUUCCACUUGGCCUUGUACUCAUCCGCCAGAAAGCACUGGUGGGCCAUUUACCCGGCAACCACAAAGUCUACAAGAUCACCAAGAUAGCUGUCAUUCCCUUGUCUGACGAAGAGCCUCAGGAGCUCGAGCUGGAGCUUUGCAAGAAGCAUCAUUUUGGAAUCGAUAAACCAGAGAAACUGGCCCAGUCUCCAGAUGAUUCCAAGUUCUUGAUGAAGACUUUUAGUCAGAUCAAAUCUAAUGUGGCUGUGCCCAUCAAGAAAAAGUAUUCCCCUGCCUUCCAGGUCAAAGAAAACAAAGAGAAGGAGCGUCUGGAGAGGCGACUGCUGGAUGAGCUGUACAAGAUAUUCAUGGACUCCGACUCCUUCUACUAUAGCAUGACUUAUGACCUGACAAACAGUGUGCAGCGUCAAGGAGACUCUGAUAAGUCUGGCUUACCCCUAUGGAAACAGGUGGAUGACCGUUUCUUCUGGAACAAACACAUGAUCCAGGAUCUUAUUGACCUUCAGGUUCCGGAGGUUGACUUCUGGGUCAUCCCAAUCAUCCAGGGCUUUGUACAGGUGGAGGAGCUGGUGGUGAACUACAAUGAGACCUCUGAUGAGGAGCGGAGCAGCCCCGAGACCCCGCCAAAGGAGGUCACCUGUGUCGAUGACAUCCAUCCUCGCUUUACUGUGGCGCUGAUCUCUAGACGCAGCCGCCACCGUGCAGGGAUGCGGUACAAACGCAGGGGUGUGGAUACAGAUGGCCAUGUGGCUAACUAUGUGGAGACAGAGCAGUUGAUCCACGUGCACAGCCACACUCUAUCCUUUGUGCAGACUCGUGGCUCUGUGCCUGUCUUCUGGAGCCAGGCAGGGUACCGCUAUAAUCCCCGGCCACGCUUGGAGAAAGGAGAAAAGGAGACUAUGUCUUACUUUGCUUCUCACUUUGAAGAACAGCUUAAACUCUACAAGAAGCAGAUGAUCAUUAACUUGGUGGAUCAAAGUGGACGGGAAAAAAUAAUUGGGGACGCAUAUCUAAAGCAAGUCCUGCUUUACAACAACUCAAACCUCACAUACGUUUCAUUUGACUUCCACGAGCACUGCCGUGGUAUGAAGUUUGAGAAUGUGCAAAUACUGACAGAUGCGAUUUCUGAUAUCAUCACUGACAUGAAAUGGGCCUGGGUGGACCAAGCAGGAGUCAUCUGCAAGCAGGAUGGAAUCUUCAGAGUAAACUGUAUGGACUGUCUUGACAGGACCAAUGUGGUCCAAGCUGCUAUUGCUCGUGUGGUAAUGGAACAGCAGCUAAAGAAACUGGGUGUGAUGCCUCCAGAGCAGCCUCUGCCUGUCAAGUGCUACAGGAUUUAUCAGGUCAUGUGGGCCAACAAUGGCGACACCAUCAGCAGGCAGUAUGCAGGAACGGCAGCACUCAAGGGAGAUUUCACCAGGACGGGGGAGAGGAAACUGGCCGGUGUGAUGAAGGAUGGCGUGAACUCAGCCAACCGCUACUAUCUGAACCGUUUCAGGGAUGCUUACAGACAAGCAGUCAUUGAUCUGAUGAUGGGCCUGCCGGUGACGGAGGACCUUUACUCCAUCUUCAGUAAGGAGAAAGAACAUGAAGAAAAAGAGAAGGAGAGCCAGAGAGGAGCCCAGGAGCAGGUCAGCCUCCUUCUGCAGACCUACAUGCAGCUUUUGUUGCCGGAUGAUGAGAAGUUUCACGGCGGUUGGGCGCUCAUCAAUUGUGACAUGAGCCUCAUUGACGCAACCAACAAAGACGUGGAUGUGCUGCUGCUCCUGUCUGACAAGGCCUAUUACAUUGCUUACUACGAUGAAGAGGCCGAUAAAGUGAACCAAUACCAACGUCUCAACUUGGAGGGUUUGGAAAAGAUUGAAAUUGGUCCUGAGCCUACUCUGUUUGGGAAGCCAAAGUUCUGCUGUAUGCGUUUGCACUAUAGGAAUGAAGAGACAAGUGGAUACUUUCACACACUGAGAGCAGCAACACGAAAUCCUGAGGAUGAUGGAAAAGAUACAUUACAGUGCAUUGCCGAGAUGCUCCGCAUAACUAAACAGGCCACGGGGUUGGACCUGCUUGUGGUUGAAAAGAAACUGGAGAGGCGGCAGAGUAAACCUCAUGAGGAUAUAAUGGGCAUCCAGAACAAACCUGCUGACCAAGUUCAGGGCAGCUCUGGCCUGGCACAGGGGAAAAGUUUCCUUCUCAACAAAUUCUCGUCUCUCAAUCAGAAAGUGAAGCAGACCAAAACAAACGUAAACAUCGGCACCUUCAAGCCCCUCGGAAAGCUUGGCAACUUCUCUAAGCCUGAUGUAAAAGUCAAUUUCCUAAAACCAACUAUGCAUGUCAACCUGUGGAAGUCAGACAGCAGCUUGGAGACAUCAGAAAACAACCCUGGCACAGGAGCCCUAAAAGACAUGGGUGACGAGCACUAUGACAUGUCCUCGGACUCAGACUCCUAUAAUUCAGACCCGGAGCAUCCGUGCUCUGGCUCUUUAGAAAAUGUGGACUAUGUCCUGCCCAGUUGCGGCAUUGUAGCAUCAAACCCACGACUGGGUAGCCGCUCCCAGUCCAUCGGUAGCGUGGAGCUAAAUAUCCCUUCUGUUAUCCGGGUCACUGGCUGUGAUGGAAAGCAAGACACCUCCUCUCAAGUCAGUGAUGACAAGUCCCCCGGCGCCGCCUCAGUGGCUGAAGAAGCCAUUCUGAUUGACUUUGGUACUCCCAUUGAUGCCUACUGCCACCAGUUCGUCCAGGAUGCACAGACCAAACCUGUUGAGGUGUUUGGAGAGAAGCCACCACCUCCUGUACCUUCACUUAACCCUGUAGUGCCUGUGCAGAAUAAGACCCCAGCAGACUCAGACAAGCAGCCAAGCUCAGAGCCGCAGAAUCAGCAAGAAGAGCCCCAGCUCCCCAGGCCAUCUCAGCUAGACGUCCAAUCCUCUACCUCCAGUUCCAACCUCCUGACCGUCCAAAAGCCCAGCUCUGCAGCCUCAGGUGGCUCUCAAAGGAGUCUGGGUUCACAGCUGGAGGGCAGCCUCGGGCCUUCACCUGCUGACAGCAACGGCAGCCGAGUGGUGUCCCCCUUUGCCAAGAUCAAGAGUUCCAUGGUCCAGGUGGCCAGCCUCACCCAGGCGGGACUCACCCAGGGCAUCAACUUUGCUGUUGCAAAGGUACAGAAGAGCCCCGAGCCAGACACUGUCAAUGAGGCCCAAGAGAGCGAGCUGAAGGCAAUGUUUACACAGUGCCAGACCAGGAUCAUUCAGAUCUAGUGCUUUCCUUGUAGCAGGAUUUUGUAGUCGUACGUCAUGUAAAAACUUCCUGUGUGGUAGCAGUAGCAAAAGCUUGCACAUAGCGUCACUACCUGGCCAAGAAAUGUGCUCUUAGAUUCAAAACUCGCCCACGUUAACAAUGACUCUUGUACAGAAUUGACAAAUACAUCCCCAAGCCCAACAGGACAGUGACCAUGUUUACGUGCACAUGAUUAUGGAUUCUCGUAUUCCUAAGAGCACUGAUGUGAGACAUGUAACCUUGCACACUGAUUAAUAUUAUUAUCUGAUGUCCUCCCUUUUAUGAUUUAAUCAUCAGUUGUCCCUCCUGAAUAUUCCAAUAAUGGAAAUACCAUGACAUUUCUAAAAUAAAUGUCUUAAAGUAGUAGUAUACAAUACCUUGACUGAAUAUAAAAAUGGCACAUUUGAGUAUUUAAAGAAUCAAUAAUAACUCCUAAGGGUACAACUGUCAUUGUGAUCAGUGUGUGUUCCAUGCAAAGUCUAAAUCCCUCCAGAAACACUUCUACUGUUGAAGUAUAUUGUUCUAUAGGUAGAGUUUUCUUACUAUGAUAAGCUUGAGAGACAAAUAACUAACAAUAAAUAAGAUAUUUAGGUUUUUAAGAUGUUUUAAACUUGUACUGCCAGAGUGGUACACAGUACUUUUGUGUAUGUAAACAAGUCACUGUCCUUAAUCUGAAGUUAUUUAAUGACCCACAACGCUUGCAUGUGAGGUUAAUGGUAACAAGUCAUUUUGAAAAGGCAGGUAAGCAUUAGCUGCAUGUUGAAAGACCAACUCUGACUUUAUCAUGUACUGUAUGUCAUCCUGUAUGUGCAGGUCACUUAUUGGCGUUUGUGAUAUAGAACUCGUAAUAACCUUCAAUUUGUAACAGUUGUAGAAACCAACCAAAUAUCUUUUGUGGUUCCCAAAAGACAACUCCAUGUUGAAUAUUACCCUUUGUAUAGCUGUCAGAAACUAGCCAGAUGACAUACUGUAUGUAGGUAUCCUAUGUAAUAUCAGUGUUGUCAAGUGUAACUUAGAAGAUAUACCGUUAUAGAAAUAAUAACUACACAAGACCUUGUAAGAGUAUCCUGGUUGUCGAUAUGUACAGUGAGUAUUGUUUAUCUGUCCCCGAGCAGAGCUUUCCCUUAAGCUUUUUGUAUCGAUGGUAGGGUGGAAGCUUAAUAUGUUUAAAGAGGUUCGAGCAUUAUAUUUUGAACAGUGCUGUCAUUGCUACCCAUGAAAUAACCAGAAUGCCACUGGUUGGAGUUGUUUUUUUGAUAGAGAUAUGUACUGAAAUAACUAUUCUGCUUAUGGUUGUACUAACGGGCUAUACGAGGGUUUGUUUGACUUGAAUCCUUGGACAGCGUUGUACAUUGACACUGCAUGUUUGACAAAGACAGGAGAGUAGCAUAUAGUAGGUAUAUAUGCAAUCGCACCCACCCGAUUAUUAGAAACACUGACGCUUUAUGCACUCCCCAAACUGAAAGCAUAUUUGCCUUAACAGGGAAUUGAAGUGGGAUUAUGUAUAUCAGGUAUUUAUGGCAAAAUCUACCUUUUUAAGUCCAUUCUUUACAUGUUACAUUUGGUGUACUGUAUAAAAGAUCAUGAUCAGGGUUACUGUAUGUCAUCGAGCUUUAUCUUGGGAUAUUUCAUCUGGACACUGGCACGUACGUGGAAAUGAGCAGGUUUUAGAGAUGUAAACGGUGUGUUGCUUGUGUGUAUGUGCUGUACAGUAUGUGUGAGUUUGUCAGAGCAUCCCUGCUGCUGCUGGUAUUUAGGAGUGCUUGCCUUAGACCCCAAAAGUAUAUUUAUAUGGUAUGAAGCUGUAAACAUUGUUAUAUUGUACAUUUUAUUCACUAACCUCAAGAAUUGCGGUUUCGCCUCAGUCACCCGUUACAGUUGUUGUCAUUCCGUAAAAAUCUCCCAGAGGAGCUUGUUAUACAUCACCAGAGGAUAUUUGAACCCAUAGCCACCUUAUCCUACUGUGUCUGUUUAUAAUAAACAAUAAUCUGGUUUUCUCUGAGCUGAAAUAUCUCAAGAUAAAGGUUCACCGUUUUUCAUAUUUUGUGUUAUUUUUUUGCCUGUUUUCUGCAUUCAGCUUGCUCACCAGCAGAUAAGAUGUGGGAUACUUGUAUAUUUUUCUCUUUAUUAUUGUGUUAAAUCAGACUGGCUGCUUUGUGGGUGCUGCUGAUAGUGCGUGGUGCUGCCAAAGCUUUAGGGUGAUAGCUGCAAUGGAAAGUUUUAACGCAGAGGGUAAAAGGUGUUUGGUUGUUUUUUUUUUUAACUUCCUUCAGAAUGCAAAACACUGGAGCAGUUCUUAAGAAGAGCAGAAAUUUAUUCUGCACUAAAGUAGCUGUAUGAAGCUACAAGGAACAGUAAUCCUCAACAUUCCUGAUAGAGACCACGACGCCAGAGCGCUGGUGUUUGCUUUUGAUAUGCAGAAGCUGACAGUUGUAUUUGAUCCUGUAUUUGCUGGGUGACAUGUGUCUUUACUUAAGUUUUCACACCAAGUGCUUUUGCCGUCACCUUCGUUUGUCAUCUACGGUCGUCUCCCGUUAGGACCCCAGAUCAUAACAAAUUAUCUUGUGACUAGAGAUCUUCAAGCAUUUGAUUUGCACUGUUUAAGCACAUUUUCUAGCAUUAGCACCCUUUCAUCUGAAUGUCUGUGGUCAUAUCUUUCCUCCUUACCAACUGACUGUUUGUCAUUGUUUUCCACAGUGUACUGAGAUUGUAUUGUAUAUUAAAGUAUCCUAUUUAUUCUUA